AUGACCCUUGAUGAUGUGCUGAAGCACCCGACGGAUGGAAUUAACAUUGAGCAUACAAUCCUCAGAUUUGAUAUUCUCACAACUCACAAAGAGGUAGAAUCAGGCUGUCGGCCUGUCGGCUGUAAGUGGGACGUCAGCUCGUACUCCUGUGGAUACUUCCAAAUCAAAUACGGCUACUGGCAGGACUGUGGCCGACCUGGAACUGGUUGGAAAGAAUGCGCCAAUGAUUACAACUGUGCCGCCGGAUGUGUGCGUGCCUACAUGAACCGCUACAUUGGUAGCAGUGGUUGUCCCGCCAACUGCGAGAGUUAUGCGAGAAUUCAUAAUGGCGGACCAAGGGGAUGUAGAAAUCCUAAUACCAUGUCCUACUGGAACCGUGUCCAGCAGCAAGGAUGUACGCCCUACAGCCAGAGUCUGGAAUUUGUUCCGCGGCGCUGGGCAUCGUAUGUCUCAUGGAAAUAUCUGUUCACAAAAAAGUAAAAAACAUGUACACUGUAUAUCUGAACAGAUAGGUUCAUUGCCAAAAAUUGAAUAAAUAUAAAUUUAAAAUA